AUGAAAGACGGUUUUUACGAAUGGGGUGAAUUCAUAAAGGGUUUUCACGAAUCAGGCAUCCCCGGACGGUGUGCGCACAGACACGGCCAUGACAUAUCUACCGAACUACCAGAAGUUCUAGAUGCACACCAUGACAACAGUACUCACCAUGAAAAGGAGAGAGGUGGGUGGUCACAGUGGAGUGAGUGGUCACUGUGCUCCAGGACGUGUGAUGGCGGCGUGUCACGACAGCUCAGGACAUGUUCCUCACCUGCCGGCUGCAGAGGAGAGCCAGUUCGCUACAAAAUAUGUAACAUGCAGCCAUGUCGCGGCAACGUAUCCCUGUUAGAAGAAGAUAUCUGGCGGGAGCAACAAUGUAGUGCACAUGACAAUACACCCUACGGUGGAGAGCUGUUCCACUGGAGGGCCCAUAGAGACGACGACGAACCGUGCGCGUUGACUUGCAGAGGCACUCCACAACACUCUGGUCAAAGCCCUGAACCUACUGCAUCAUUAGAUGAUGAAGAUCGAGUGGUAGUAGCUGUUCUAGCAGCGAGAGUAUCUGAUGGUACCCGAUGUAGGCCAGGCAGCUUGGAUAUGUGCAUUGAUGGCAGAUGUCAGCGUGUGGGAUGCGACCUACGUGUGGGCUCGACUCGAAGAGUGGAUGAAUGCGGGGUUUGCGGGGGAGAUGGAUCAUCGUGUUCCAGACCAAGGUAUCACUGGCUGUCCACUCCUGGAUCACUCUGCUCUGCUACUUGUGGAGGAGGAUACAAAAUGUCACUAGCCGUAUGCCGUGACCGUCUCACCGGACUGGACGCUCCAGAGGAAUUGUGCGACGGCUCGAACAAGCCCGCUUCUGCCGUUGUACGGUGCAACACACAUCCUUGUCCUUUUAAGUGGUACGUGGGCGAGUGGUCGUCGUGUAGCGUGACGUGCGGCGGCGGGGUUCGCACUAGGCGAGUGUUGUGUGCCCGAUCUGCUAACAUCACACGUACUGACACUUACGAUCCUGAGACAAGUUCAGAACCAGGCUGUAUUUCCCCCGCGCCGCGGUCGACUCAAGCUUGCAACGAACACAACUGUCCUACGUGGAUUGCCGGUCCCUGGUCUGGGUGUUCAGUAUCGUGCGGAGAAGGUGUCCAGGUGAGAGGUGUAGAGUGCACACCUGCUGGUGGUGGCUGCGACCCUGGUAUCAGACCUGAGAUAUCAAGACCUUGUUCCACUGGUAUCAGCUGUCCCGCAUAUAGAGAAGCCGAUGAUCCUGAUGAUGACAUAGAAGAUUUACUUCCGGGAGUAGUAUACCACACUCAACCUCUCAUCCAGCCGUAUCCACCUCCUCAAGCGAAGGCCGAACAACUCAUCGGUGAACCUGACAUACCUGUAGAGGCCACUUACAUCAAAGAUGACGAAUGGAGUCCAUGUAGUGUAACUUGUGGUGAGGGAUGGAGGAAAAAGGAAGUACAUUGCAAGAUUUUCUUAGAAUUCAGCCGAACAAUAGCAAAACUUCCUGAUAGUAAAUGUAUGGGACCAAAACCAACAGAAGAAACGGAGCGAUGUGUUAUGGAACCGUGCUCAAUGGCCUAUGGGACUUCCUUUGGUGACUCAAGUGCUCCAGCUUAUGGGACAGGAGACAGCAGAUCCUUAGUAUUCGGAACUUCGAGCAACAUUAGAGUAGCACCCGGGUCCCCUGGGAAGUCUUACUCGUGGAAAGAGAAGGGCUACACCAGUUGUAGUGCAUCAUGCUUAAGUGGAGUUCAGGAGCUUAUAAUCCAAUGUGUGAGAGAUGAAGAUGGUAAGAACGCUUCUCCAUACAUGUGCGACCCACACACCAAGCCAGAGAACAGAGUGAGGACGUGUAACGAUCACCCUUGCCCACCACGAUGGAACUAUACGGAGUUCUCGCAAUGCACUAAGUCCUGUGGCAUCGGCAUUCAGACCAGAGAAGUCACGUGCAUACACGAGGUAACAAGGGGUGGUACAAACACAGUUGUAGUACCGAACAGCAUGUGCCCCCAACCGCCGCCUCCCGACCGACAGUACUGCAAUGUAUUGGACUGCCCAGUAAGAUGGCAUACUGGCGAAUGGUCCAAAUGUUCUAAAACUUGUGGAGGCGGAAUGAAGCAGAGAGAGGUGGUGUGCAAGCAAAUAAUGGCACAAUCCCACGUGGUCGAGCGACCCGCCUCUCAGUGCAACUCACCUCGACCAGCGCUCACUAAAUCCUGCAACAGUCGACCUUGUCUUCUUGAUACUUCUGCCCCAGAAAUAUCUUUGGCCAAUUCUUCUUACAUACAACACGAUCCGAAGAAAAAGAAGGUAACAGUCAAAGUAGGUGGAUCGGCAACAAUUUUCUAUGGGACACAAGUGAAAAUAAAAUGCCCUGUAAAAGGGUACAAUAGAACAAAGAUCCAGUGGGCAAAAGAUCAUCAAAUUAUUUCCAAGUCAAAGAAAUACAAGAUUUCUAAAAAGGGAGCUCUUCGCAUCACAUCACUAUCUCUUCGCGACCACGGCGUGUACACUUGCGUCGCAGGACGUUCUAGUGCAAACCUCACGUUGUUGGUGAAGCCCCGGCCGGGAGAAUUCCCCUCUAGCGAAGAGAUCGAACGACACAAAGCUUUGGAUGAGCCUUCCUCACCGCUGUCUGAUAGAGCUGAUGGCCGCUACCGCGCUAUGAUCGGGGGCAGGUCGGACGAUCAGUCCCACGAGCAACGACCGCCGGAUCAGAAGAAAAACUACAAGAGUAGACCUAAAGGUAAAAUAGAUAAAGUUCGAGACGCGCUAUAUGGAAGUCCUACAACGGCCAAAUCUGUACCAAGUUUUAAUUCGCAAGCAAGGGACACUAUUUACGACGAGAAUGAGGAGUCUGCCGUAUCAUCUCAAAUACUUCCGCCAAACCGAAGCGCGUCGUCCAGGCUAUUGCCGUGUCUGCAUUACCUAGUAAUGCAACUCCAGAUGUUUUGGAAUUUCCAGACUCUCGGCAACUCGAGGGGUCAAAGAAUGGUGGACCCUGUCAUAAUGUACCAAAACUAUGGCAUGCCAUCUCAAGCGCAGAUAGUGAAUCUUCAAAACAAGCAAAUUGUUUUCCCCGAAGAUGACGAUUCAGAUAUAAUUAUAGUGAACGAAGACUAUAAUAGGAAUACGAUUGAAGAAGGUCGAGUUGAAAGUGUGAAGCAAGAUAUCGGUGACUUAAUGGACGCGACGACGGUAGAAGAAAAAAGGUAUACUGCUUCGGAUGUCAAUGAAUACACGUGGAAGACCACAGAAUGGUCAUCGUGCAACGCGCCUUGUGGCCAAGGCGGCCAUCAGAUUAGGGGCGCUGUUUGCCAACACAAACUGACAAAUCAAACAACAACAGUAGAAACGAACGAGUGUUUGUCGAGGGGUCUGAUACCUCCAGACGUUAUACGUGAUUGCGCUAGCGAAGUAUGCGCGUCUUGGAGGAGUGGGGUCUGGUCUGCACCUAGAUGUUUACCGAGCGGGUCCGCUGUCGUCCGUCGGCGUGUUGAGUGCGUAGCUAGCAAUGGCACGGUGCUACCUGACGCGUCGUGUGUGUAUAGUACUGCGCCAGACAAAACUAAGAAGGACUCGGAGCGCUGCAAACCUAUGUGGGUUGUCGGGCCUUGGAGUAAGUGCAAAGGCCCGUGCGGCUCUGGUUUGCAACACCGCGUCCUACGCUGCAUAUGGCGUGCUCGCACUACUGGCUCUAAGAGAGCGCGUGGUAGAGAGCGUGCUUCUGCUGCGUGUGUACGCGCGCGUCCGCCGGUAGUGCGGGAGUGUAAGGGGAAUUGUAUUACAGACGGUGUCUGUAAAGACACAUCGAGGUAUUGCGAGAAUGUUCGAGCAAUGAAUAUGUGCGCCCUUCGGCGAUACAAGGAGCAGUGUUGCAAGACUUGCGAAGAC